GCGGAGCGUCACCAUGGCGACCUCCGCCCGCUAGGAGGUGGAUGCCACGAGCGGCUUGAAUUGGUGGCAGGCGGCAGGUGGCGGCUGUAAACAUCAACAGGCUAAGCUAGCGAGACGCUCGUUCAAAAAAGUCACAAGUACAUCUGGAAGUGAAUGGCGACGGUGCGAGGUAAAGCGCUGGCCCUUUGCGCUCAGCUUCUGCUCAGUCUGUGGCUGUGCGUUCACUCGCUGCCCAUUGCUGUGGACCAGAGCAAGGAGAACACAACCGCCAAAGAGGAAGAACAAAGUGCCCCAAAAACUCCAGGCACCGGGCUACACUAUGACCGCUAUCUCCAGGAGGUCGUCGAGUACCUGGAGAAAGACCCGCACUUUUGGGAGAAGUUACAAAACACAAACAUAGAAGACAUCAAGAACGGCAAACUUGCCAAAGAGCUGAACUUUGUCCAACACAAUCUGCGCACCAAACUGGACGAGCUGAAGAGGGAGGAGAUGAACCGGCUGCGAAUGCUCAUCAAAGCCAAACUGGACAUCGGGGCGGGGGAAGGUAACGGAUGGAAAGUGGACCACAAGGCCUUGCUUAAACAGUUUGAGCACCUCAACCAAGACAACCCGCACUCGUUUGAGCCAGACGAUCUGGACCGCCUCAUCAAAUCGGCCACUAAGGACCUGGAACACUUCGACAAGGAGCGCCACGAUGAGUUCAAGCGCUACGAGAUGAUGAAGGAGCACGAAAGGCGGGAGAAGCUGAAGGUCAUGACAGAGGAGGAACGCAAGAAGGAAGAGGAGCGCUACGAGGAGAUGAGGAAGAAGCACGCCGACCACGCCAAGGUCAACCACCCGGGAAGUGAAGACCAGCUGAAGGAGGUGUGGGAGGAGUCCGACGGUCUCGACCCAAACGACUUUGAUCCGAAGACCUUUUUCAAAAUGCACGACACCAAUGGCGAUGGUUUCUUUGACGAGAACGAGCUGGAGGCCCUCUUCACGAAAGAGCUGGAGAAGGUCUACAACUCUCAGAACGAAGAAGAUGACAUGGUGGAGAUGGAGGAGGAGCGGCUACGCAUGCGAGAGCACGUGAUGACCGAGGUGGAUACCAACAGAGACAGACUGGUGUCAUUCGGCGAAUUCAUGGCGGCCACGAAGAAGGAGGAGUUCCAACAAAAGGAAGGCUGGGAGACCUUGGAGCAGCAAAACUCGCUGUUCACCGAAGAGGAGCUGGCGGCGUACGAGCAGCAGCUGGCCAAGGAGGGCAAGGUAAUCGUGGAACAGGGGCUGGAACUACAGAAGCAACGGGAGGAGCUCCAGAAGAAGCAGGAGGAGCUCAAUGCUCAGAAGCACGGCCUUCAGCAGGCCAUGGAUGAACUGGAGAGGAGAAAAAGCCAAUCCCAGGCUGCCAUCAAAGAUUCUGGAGCAACAGGAGCUGGAGGUGAAACAGCGUUAAACGGGCAUCAGUCGUAAACUCCUCCUAGGCUCUGAAUCUUAAAUCCUAAACGGGUCCCAACAGGGUGUGUGUGUGUGUGUGUGUGUGUCUGUUCAUUUAUUCUCAUUCCAACUUACUGUCCGGUCUAUUUUUUUUUUUUUUUUACACCAUUGGAUAAAAGUGUUAUAAACAGGUGGAUAUUUUCUGAUAAAUUUCCAUGGGAAUUUAAGAUGGGGAAUUUAGGAAGUAUACAUUUAUAUAUUAUACAUUUAUAUUAGAAUUUAUAUUUAAAUCCUGGAAUUUCGCAACCCUAGAUGAAAGUGGGCCUAAAAUGGUUGACACUGAAACGCAAGGGAAAAUGAUUCAAAGUAUUUAUUAACUUGUUAAUUUAAAUCCACAGCUACUGUUGUCAAUAGCAACCACAUCCCCGAAGAUCUUUAUUCUUCAUGUACUGUAAUUUAAUUUAAUGGGUUAAGAUUAACGGAUUCUAUUUUUGGAAUGACUCUUUUAUGUUUUAUUUUGUAUGGCCGCAUCUUUUCCCAUCACGUCAUGCUUCCAGUGUCUCGCCAUUUCAGUGCCAUCUUUUUGUAAGAGACAAUAAAGUGAAUGAGACAGCAA